CAGUUUGCGCGAGCUUCAGGUGAACACACAAUGGUGUGAUUUCUUUCUUCUGACCGUCAAAGUUUUCGUUUUCACGCGAAAUAUUUAACGACGAGUUUUGCGAGUAAUGAGUUUACAAAAAGAAGAUGGCGGCACGGCUUGUAAAACGGAAAAAGGAGGCCUGUUCCUUUGUUUACAACGGUGAGACCUUCAGACACUGACAGAUCAUGAGGGAUCUUUCUGGACGGUCAUGGUGUCUCCUCUUCUGGCUAAUUCAGCAGAUUACAAACAUUUUUAAGAGGAGCUGAUCUACAACCAACAGAUUCUGGAUAAGCAGCAAUUUACACAUCAUCGUGUGUUUGGGCUGGAGGAGGAUGCGGUCUUGUCUGCUGGUGUCCGGAGGAGAGAAGGGUCUGCGGGCUCGUCUGGGCCGAAUGCGGCAGCUGCUGUGCCAGACGGAUCAUGCGGAGAUUCAGGUGGACGAGGAGCCCGGCAUUUGGCUCAGGAGCUUCCAUCUGCUGGACCUGCAGGAACACACUGAGGACCCGGUGCAGGAGUGGGGGGAGGAGGUGGAAGACGGUGCCAUUUAUGGGGUCACCCUUCACCGAGAGCCUAUCCAACCUCCACCUGACGCUACUGAGAGCGAUGCUGCCUUUGGCUUCAUGCAGUACCACACACUGAAGGUCCGCAGGCUGAAAGCAGCCACUCUGGACCGUCUUGUCACAGAAUUGGUGAACCCGGAGUGCCCUGACACAGACUACAUGCAAAUCUUCCUCUCUACUUACAGAGCCUUUACUUGCACAAAUGCACUUAUUGAGCUCCUGUUUCAAAGAGAGGAUAUGGUCACCAAUCUGGACAACAGUGUCUGUGUCAAGAGUUCUCUACCUCGUCUGAUCAGACUGUGGCUAGACGAGUUUCACGAGGACCUUCGGGACUCUCCGGAUCACCAGGCUCUUCGGCUACUCUGCGUUCAUCUGCGUCAUCGCCUCUGUUGCAGACGUCUGGUUAACCAAGCUGAUACUCUUCUCAGAAAGUUUCAGACUGAAGACAAGCAAAUGUGUACAUCAGCAGAAGUCAGUGCCUCUGCUGUUGAGAAUCCAACAACUGAAGACAACUUGGACGGACAGGAAGUACAAGAAAUUGGGGAUGUACUGGACUUCCCUGCACAGGACAUUGCUGAGCAGCUCACAAUAUUAGACGCUGAACUUUUCGCCAAAGUGGUCCCAUUUCACUGCCUUGGCUGCAUUUGGUCUCAAAGGGACAAGAAGGAGAACCAGAAUCUAGUGUCCACAGUCCGUGCCACCAUUGCUCAGUUUAAUGUGGUCACUAACUGCGUUAUCACCUCUCUGUUGUGUCCUCCUGCCACAUCCCCUCCUGGAUCCCCGUCAUGCCAUCGUAGCAGCCCUACAUACAGGGCAAAGAUUAUUGAGAAGUGGAUCUCUGUGGCUCAGGAGUGCCAUCAGCUCAGAAACUUUUCCUCUUUAAGAGCCAUCCUGUCUGCUCUUCAGUCCAAUGCUGUCUACCGACUGAAGAAAACUUGGGUGGCGAUCAGCAGGGAGAGUAUGGCUGUCUUUGAACACCUCUGCGACACCUUUCCUGAUGAGAACUGUGUGCUGAUCAACCGAGAGAUCCUAGUUGAGGAGGGAAACCAGGGAGCGGAUGUAGAAACUCACUCUGCACCAAAGUCUCCCAGACUCAGUCCUACGUGUAAGCACAUGCAGAGCUCAUCCAGUGGUGAGGUGCCGUACCUGGGCACUUAUCUGACAGUUCUCACCAUGUUGGACACAGCGCUGACUGACAAUGUAGAAGGAGGUCUUAUCAACUUUGAGAAGCGGCGAAAAGAGUUUGAGAUUCUGUCUCUAAUCAGGCAGCUGCAGGCAUCAUGUGCUCACUACACUCUCCAAUCACAUCCUCGCAUCAUUUCCUGGAUCAACAGCAGCAUGAGCCUUUCCGACCAGAAAAGCUAUGAGUUGUCAAGAGAGCUGGAACCCCCGGUUGACCCCUGUCCCAACUCUCCAAACUCCUGGAGUCACCGGCUCAUCGCCAAGAAACUGACUUCAUUGCUGUCUGCCACUGAGAACUUCUCAAGGAAAACUCUUGCAGAUCAGAUCAGUCUGUCGUCUUCUGGCUCCAGCGGCUCAGACAUGGAGGAUCUCAGCAGAGAUCUCAGCAGCCCCAACCUCUCACCACUUGCGUAUAAGUCACCGUCAGUUUCCUGUCAGGACAUCUCAGUAGACACGCCCACCUCAUCUCCAACUCCGCCCCCUUCAUGUCAAAGAUCCCUACAGGCCGAUCUGCCUGAAAGCCCCUCCUCUACUUCAUCUUCAUCUUCAUCAUCCUCUCCAUCCCUACAUCAACACUGUGCUCUGCAUCCCAUGUACAACAAGCAGGUUGCAGAUUCCUGUAUCGUCAGAGUCAGCGUGGAAUUUGGCAACAAUGGAAAUGUUUAUAAAAGUAUUCUGAUAACCAGUCAGGACAAGACAGCUCAGGUGGUUCAGAGAGCUCUGGAGAAGCACAACCUGGAGGAGAUGAACUGCCAAGAUUUUACUCUCACACAGGUGCUUUCUAGUGAAAAAGAGUUGCUGAUCCCAGACAAGGCCAAUGUGUUUUAUGCCAUGUGCACCACUGCCAACUAUGACUUUGUGCUCCGUCAGCGUUACAAACACCUCAGCAGAGCCACCGGACCAUCCUGGAGUCCCGGAGCAGUGGUGAGGAGCCGCAAAUAACCUACAUGACAAAGAAUAAUAGAUAAAACCGCAUAGAACAAACAGUCUGUUCACAAAUACUGAGCUGAUGUGGAGAAAUGGGGAAUACUGAAUGAUGAAGUUUGGGUUAAUAUAAGAACACACAGACUCUGAAGCAUCUCAAGCUCAAUUAUGUGUCGUUGACUAAAUAAUGAAGAAACUUUAGCUUUCUAUAGCUGCUAAAACCGGUGGAAACUGAAGGAACGAAGGCUCAGAGGAAGCUGCAAUAAACGGCCUCGUCUACUGCCAGAUUACUCAAAGGUUUUGCUUUGAAAUGGGACAGGCGUUAGCAUCUGGAUGUACUGUAGAGGUGAGUGAGCACAGUUUUUAAUGUAGCUUAUAUUCAGUAAGGACUGAAUAGGAAGUAAUCCAGAUCAUUCUCUAAGAUAAUAUAUUUAUAAUGUAAUUUUAAUAAAGAUCACUUUAUUUUGUCUGUGAUAUUUUAACGUUUUGCUGCAGUUUUAAAGUGUAUAAUUGAACUUUUGUAUGUGCAAGUUAAUCUCUCUUUGUUUAGCUGUCUUGUUUUGUGUUAAAUUACUGUCUUGCUUUUAAUUUUAGCUGUUUUUUAUGUGCGGUAGUUUCUUUUCUAACACUGUAUAUUUUUUUAGACUUUUAAUAAUGGAAGAUGUUCAUUUAUUUUUGUAUUUUGGCCUAAUGUUUGUCCUUAUGAAGGAUUCACGCACUUCAUGAUCACUUUUUUAGAUUAAUUUUUUUCUAAUGGUGUCAAAUGAAGUCAUGAACUCAUCCAUAUUGGAUCUCUUGUGACUUUCUGAGCAAAUGCAAUUCUGAGAAGUGAAGAGACUUUGUAUGUGUUUGGUGAAAGAUAAAGCAGGUCAGUCGCUGACGUCUGUGUGAAAGGGUUUGCUGCUAAAUAGUGGUGCAGGUGUUUGUUUUCUUGGAAUCUACAGUAAGUGUUUUGACAAAUGAAACAGGGCCUGGAUCAGCAUUAAAUGCACACGUAUGCUGUUUUUGCACAGAAAGCCACAAUUCUUGACUGAAAUGUGUGUCUGUCUUCAUGUCAAUGUGUAAUUAAACAAUAAUUUGGCACUUA